GCGGGCUUCUGGGCGCAUGGAUUGGGGCGGUGGUGGAAGUAUAAGGGAUGGCAGAACUCUUACCCCAAGAACUGUUUGAUUUGACCCCGAUCCUGCCUGCCUUCUUCCCGGUCUCAGUUGUAGCCGCCAUGACCACCCUACAAGCCAAGAAGGAUCCCCUCCUCCGGGGUGUAUCUCCCACUCCUAGCAAGAUUCCGGUUCGCUCUCAGAGACGCCCGCCUUUCCCCACAGUCAAAUCGUGCGUCCUGGACCAGGAGAAUCAAGAUCCAAGGAGAUUGGUGCAGAAGCCACCGCUCAGUAUUCAACGUUCCCUCGUUGACUCAGCAGGCCCCAGGUUGAAAACCACGCAUCAAACAGAGAAAUCACAAAGAUCGAUGGGUCUCACUCAGCUCCGGAACCCCUUGGAAGAGCUUAGACCUAGCCCUCGGGGACAAAAUGUGGGUCCUGGGCCCCCUCCCCAGACAGAGGCUCCAGGAGCCAUAGAGUUUGUGACUGACCCUGCAGCUUUGGCCACCAUCCUGUCAGGUGAGGGGGUGAAGAGCUGUCCCCUGGGGCGCCAGUCCAGUCUGGCACAGAGAGUACUGGUUCGAGGGAGCCAGGGAGACACAACCCGGAGGGGCCAGGGUGCUCGGGCUUCUGCAUACUUAGCCCCCAGGACCCCCAUCCACCGACUAGACCCUGCCAGGGCUUCCUGCUUCUCAAGGCUAGAGGGACCAGGACCCCGAGGCCGGACUUUGUGUUCCCAGAGGCUAGAGGCUUUGAUUCCACCUUCAGGACCUUCCUUUCACCCCUCCACCCGUCCCAGUUUACAGGAGCUAAGAAGACAGACAGGUGGCAGCUGCCGAACGUCUGUAAACCAGGCCUUGGGAUUGCACAUGGAAACCCCGAUGCAGGCAGGAGAACAUGAAGUCAUCCCUAACUCAGAUGAAGAAGGAGGAACCCUCCUGGGUCAGGCCCAGCGAGUACCAUUAAGAGCAACCCGAGAGAUGAUACACACCAAGGAUAGCUGUGAUGCCCACCUGAUGUCCUCUCCUGCCCAGUCCAUGCCUGGCCGUGUGGUGCCACCUUCUGUCACUGGCCCAUCACCCUUUGGACAGGCUCAGCGUGUACCCUCUCCUGCCCUUCCAGCUCUGACUUCACAUUCAUUGUUUCGUCGCCUCGCCAUUCGACCCAAAACCCAAUUCACACAUCCAACAGCCCCCAGAGUUCAUCAGGCCCGAUGGUUGAGUGGCCCUCUCCCUCAGUCCUGCCCUGAAGAACCUGCCCUGCCCUGGGAGCAGAUUGCAGUACGGUUGUUUGAUCAGGACAGUUGUAUAAGGGUUGCAGAGAAACCUGGAAAACCACCUGUGGCAAGUCCUUCUGGGCUCCACCCCAACAGGACCCUCAACCUCCAAGAGCUAAAGAUGCAGCGCAUCAAUAUCCUGCAGCAGUUGUUGCGACAGGAUAAAGGACUAGCAGGUGGGCAAGUACACCUCUUUUAAUGAUCCGCCUCUUCAGAUAUUGCUGAACUUCAGCCCCUGCUGGAUGAGAUUUCUAGAACUCCGAAUGCCAAGCAUAAUUCUGGGGCUUCCCACCUUCGCAUUUCACAGCAUUCUGGGAUUCCAGAGCCCAUUCUUUCAGAGGAGUGUGAGGAACCACAGCCCUGCCCUGGGACAGAGCCUGAGGUGGCCACAGCCCUGCCCACCAACAGAGCCAGGCCCCCAGAGUCCUGCUCCAGGACUGAACUAGAGAUACCAGAGUCUUUCUCCGGAACACCCCCAGGGACGACUGGACCCCCAGAGACUUGUCCUAGGUAUAGCUGGAGGCUUCAGAGGCCUGCUCCCUGGAACCUGGGAAGUCCAGAGUCCAGCCCAUGGCCCUGCUGCCGUCGGUCUCCUGCAACCACCAGCCUGACCUUUCUCUUCUCAACGUCCACUUGUGCCAGCCUCCCUAUCCGUUCACUGCAGUCUCUGAGGCUAACAGGCCAAGCAGGUAAGGACAGCCUGGCCCCUCGCACACUCGCCCUGAGGCAGCGCCUCAAAGCAUGUCUCACCGCCAUUCACUGCUCUCAUGAGACUCGCCGGAUGAUGAUGUGCCUCUACACCAGCCGAGACCCUCCCCCAGGACCCACCCGGGUCUGCACAAAUCCUGUAGCCACAUGGCAGUGGCAGGAUGCCCUGUGUUUCAUUCCAGUUGAUUCUGCAGCCCCUCAGGGCUCUCCAUCAUAGGCCCCUGCCUCCACCCACUCCAGUCCUGCCAAUUCACCCCCCUUCCUUUAGCCCUUAUUUAUUGUCGGUCUGCCCAUGGAUUGGGAACCAACAUCCUUUUGUCUUUCAUAAAG